GCGCGCUCUUCCACUUGGUCUACCCAAAAGCAUGAGCUAUAGAAGAGGUUAUGAAGGUCGUCGAGAAGGUGGAGGUCGAUGGCAAAACGACCGACCGCGAAACAAUCGUUCUGGGCCCUAUGAUCGACAAAGACAGAGGGAUCGCCCACCGGUUGAUGAACCUGAAGAUAUUGAAAUGCGACUAAAAAGUCUUAUUAUCAAGAUUGGGGACAAGGCUUCAUCAGAUCUCAAGAUCAAUUUGACCAAAAUGGCUGGAAUUCUUAGCACCGACUACCAGAAGUUUCCAGAGACUGUUGCUUCCACAUUCAAAUCAUGCAUCACAGAAUUACCUAUGAAGACAGCUGUUUACGGAACUCUCCUUGGGCUGCUCAAUGUAAAAAACCAUGAAGUGACUUCCAGGCUUUUCGAUGAUAUAGUCGCUGCGGCAAAAGAAAGUCUGGCCAAGUCUGAAUGGCAAAAAGUAAAGUACUAUGUGCGUUACUUUGGUGAACUCGUGAAUGCAAAUGUCAUAUUACCUGCCGCCUACCUUGACCUUCUCAAUGAUCUUUUGGCUGCUGUUGACGAAUCCAACCUUAUCAUUUCGUACGCGGACUGUAUGGUUUACAUCGUGCUUGCAGCACUUCCAUGGUGCGGUAAAGGUCUCCAUGAACGCAAACCCGGUGAAUUACAAAGACUUUUGGCGCGAGUGGAGAAAUACCUUCAGAAAAGAGGUGACACUCAUACCAUAGACCUACUGAAGACAUAUCGUGGGGAGAAUCUUCCAUACUCUGUUUCCGAUCCUUUGGCACAUUUGUGGUCUAUCAUCCAAAAUCUUCAAAACGACAAAUGGGAGAUUACUAUGAUGCUCCAGCCUUACCAACUUUUUGACGAGGAAUUGAACCAGGCAUUACAGCACGAGCUGCCAACAUUUGAGCUUCCCCAACCAUCCCAAGACGCAUUAUAUAUAGCACCGAAUGCACCGUUUAGAAUCUUUUAUACUGAAGCACCUUCGGAUAAAUUCCCUGCGGCUGAUUCGGCAUCAUAUUUCGUAUUGCAAGAAAUUGUGCAUGACACUGUGCUGUUGUUUGAGUCCAACCGAAAAGAGUGUGCUAAGUACCUUCUCGGCCUCCACAAUAACUUUGAAAGUGGUCUUUUUGCAACCCAGAUCACCGAGGGCAGUGAUAAAAGCAAUGAGGAACAGAAGGACACCAUAAUGGAACAGGCUGAUGGUUGGGUGCUUUCAGAAAUCGUCCUUGAGCACGUUUUUGGAACCAUGCUUCGAUUACCUUCGCCUCCUGUCAAGCAAGUCUACUUUGCAGCUCUGAUUAUUGAGCUUUGCAAAGGUGAAAAUUCAAGCGCCAGUCAAUCGCUCAAGAAAGCUGUUCACAUUUUGUUUGAGCGCUUGGCGGACAUGGACGCUGGUUUGAUCUCUCGACUUUACAACUGGUUUCCACAUCAUUUGAGUAACGUCGGAUUUGAAUGGGAAUGGGACGCAUGGGAAGGUGCGUUAUCUUUGGAUCCCCUCCACCCUCAACUCUGCUUCAUUAGAGAAACACUAGAAAAAGAAGUUCGAUUGAGUUACUAUGACAGAGUAAAAACGACACUGCCAGAUGAAAUCGCCAACUUGAUGGCAUCCGAACCUCCCGCUCCAUCUCAAGAGCUUUUGAGUCCUAGUCAUCCUCAUCAUGAUGCUGUCAAACAGCUUCUUGGCAAACUCAAGAUGAAGCAAGAUGCAGACGCGUUGAAUGAUACAUUGGUUGCAAUAAGAAAACAAGAAAUAGAAAAUGGCGUUACUCAAGAGCAAGCGGAUGAAACGGCGAGGGAAAUCUUUACACAGGCUGUGCUACUGUUAGGUUCCAAGAGUUUCUCACAUGUUCUAAAUGUUAUUGAGAGGUGUCUUGAUGUUUUGCGAGGAUUAAACCAGAACCCUGCGGAAAGACUCCAUUCCGUACGCAUCAUAGCUCGCUUCUGGAAAAGCAACACUCAGCUUCUAGGCAUUCUUUUGGAUAAGUUUAUGAACUACCGCAUCAUAGAUCCGACUUCCAUUAUAUCUUGGAUUUUUGAAAGUGAACAACUAGAACAAGUUGGAAGGUCAUAUCUUUGGGAAAUUCUACAUGUUACGCUCAACAAAGUGAUAAACCGUGCGCAACAUGUUCAAACCAAGCUCGAUGGUUUCCGCGAUGUUUAUAACAAAAACGAAGUAAUUAGAAGCGAGAACCCAUCUGCAGAAUCCGAAGCUGAAGGCCAACAAGAGCAAGUUGCCAUACAAACCGUUGAAAAAUCACUUGAAACCGUGAUUCGGGAACAGAAAGAGGUGUUCAUGGUCGUUUUGCAAAAGUUUACGCAAACUCUUCAGGACAUGUACGGCAGAUUUGAAGCUGGGGGUCUGGAUCCCAACACUGAUUUUACGUUCCGUUGGGUCAAUGGCUGGUACAAAGACGUACUGCGUAUGUAUCACAAGGAGAUUUCAACAUUUUCAACGACACUGGAAAGCCUGGUUUUUGUUGACCAUCUGGAUAGUAGGAUAAAAGAACCAUUUCACCAGCUAAAACAGCUGAGGCAUAGAGCUUGAUCACCCACUAAGACGACGUGAGAAAUCAUGCUUGAUUGAUGUGUUAGAGAUGCUGAUAUAUGUGAAUUUGAGCAUGUGCGGCA